AUGCCAAUAAACAUACGUCCAGUGGUAUCAGCAGGUCUAGCUGGAUGUUGUACAAUCUUCUCCGUAUUUGGAAUAGUGAUUCUCUUAGCUUUAGGAUCGUUGUACGGUAAACAUGUCGAGGUCUUAACAGGUUCAACAAAAGAUCCAAAAGAUCCAGAUCACGUAUCUAAAUUAUGUUAUGCUGCCGCAUUGAUCUAUGGUGCUUUCGUCAUAUUCUGUGGAUUACAAAUGGCAGUGCAUAGAAGAUAUCCUCGUGGAGUACAACUGUAA